AUGACAGCCAAAGGGUACUCGAGUUCUGAACACAACUGGAAGUUAUUGUAUCGCACCUUCACUGAGCACUACAUCAAAGCACUGGAUAAGAGUGUAACUGUCAGUGAACUGCAGAAUCGAUUCCCAUUCACCGAUUUCUUCAACCAAUUGCUGGUAAAUCCAAUCAAUGGUCUCUACGAUCAAGUGAUGAAAUUUAGGGAUCAGUUUGUGUCCAAACUAUUGGCGAACAAAGAUUGUGGCAAACAAUAUAAGAUAAUGGAGCGAACGAUUCAACAGCAAAGAUAUGAGGAAUGGCUGCGUAAUCGGCGGAAUGGCUUUCAGACGAGAUUGGAGUCUAAUAUCGUUGACAUUAAACGACUGAAUCUAAUGGUUAGAGUGAUCAGUGAAUUGAAACUCACUUCAAAAAACCACGAAUCGUCUAAUCUCUUCGCGAAGAUAUCAAAUAAAUUGCUUGAAAACGGCAUUAAUUGGGAACCGCAUGAAUGUCGGCGAACACUAUGUCAUUGGAUUGAGUUUUAUGAGAGGAAUUACGACAACUAUAAGCUGUCUGUGAAAGAGGGCAACAGAAUCGUUGAAUACAUCUAUCAAUACCUCAAUUCCAUAGACAAUGCAAAUGAUUUGAACAAAUAUUAUGUUCAGACAAAUACUUUCCUCAAAGUGUCUGAUCUCGGAGAUGGUGAGAGCACUGUUGCCAUUGAUGUUCACAAAACCAUUACUGCAUUGAAUACGAUUGAAUCCAUUGGUGUCAAUGGGCACGGACUCAAUGCACCGCCCAUUCAAAUGUAUACCGAUUUGUUAACCAUUUGUAUGGAUUACUCACAAAAUAAUUGUGAUUUAAUCACUAAAUACGAGUGGAUUCAUGUAAUCGAUAAGCGAAUGGUAGCCAAAGGAUACACCAGUUCUGGCAACAAAUGGAUGGCUCUGAAUAAAAGUAUGACUCUCAAUGAACUGCAAAAUGAGUUCCCAUUCGCCCAUAUCUUCAACCAAUUGAUAUUCAAUCCAAUCAAUAGUCACUACAAUCUGUUGAUGCAAUCGCGACAACAAUUUAUGUCCAAACUAUUGAAGAACAAAGAGUUUGGUCCACACUAUGAGACAAUGGAGCGAACCAUUGAACAGCAAACUCACCAGAAUUUGUUGCGUUAUCGACGGAACAGCUUUCAGAAGCGAUUGGAGACUAAUAUCGUUGACAUUAAACGACUGAAUCUAAUGGUUCAAGUGAUCAGUGAAUUGAAACGCAUACCAAAACACGAAGAAUCGUCUCAUCUUUUUGAGAAGAUAUCAUAUAAAUUGCAUAAAAAUGGCAUUCAUUGUGUACCGUAUGAAUGUCAGCGAUCUCUCUGUCGUUGGAUUGAGUUUUAUGAGAGGAAUUACGACAAUUAUAAGCUGUCAGUGAAAGAGGGCAACAAAAUCGUUGAAUACAUCUAUCAAUCAUUGAAUUCCAUUGCUAUGUAUUCAUCGGAUUUGAAACUACUUUUCAGUAAAGAUAAACCCAUUUUGCAUUCAUUG